AGCCAAAAAUCAACAUGGCGGCGGGCAGUAGUCCAUCUUCUUCGUCUUCAAAUUCAGACACAAAUCAACAAGUUGAUCGAAUAGCUCUUUUGUAUCCUAAAGUAAAUGAAUCAGAGACCCCUCUACCUCGAUCAUGGUCUCCUAAAGAUAAAUUCACUUUUAUAGGGCUUUCUCAGAAUAAUUUAAGGGUGCAUUACAAAGGUGUGGGAAAGACUCACAAAGACGCGGCCUCGGUUAGGGCUACGCACUCGAUUCCAGCAGCUUGUGGUAUUUAUUAUUUUGAAGUCAGAAUUGUUAGCAAAGGACGCGAUGGCUAUAUGGGUAUUGGAUUAUCUGCACAAGGAGUCAACAUGAAUAGAUUACCAGGUUGGGAAAAGAAUUCAUAUGGUUACCAUGGAGAUGAUGGGCACUCCUUCUGCUCAUCUGGAACAGGAAAGCCGUAUGGUCCAACCUUCACGACAGGAGAUGUCAUUGGCUGUGGCAUUAAUCUGAUUGAUAACACAUGUUUUUACACAAAGAAUGGAGUUAAUCUUGGAAUUGCUUUCUCAGAUCUACCUGCAAACUUAUACCCAACAGUAGGUCUUCAAACACCGGGAGAGGUGGUAGAUGCAAAUUUUGGACAGCAGCCUUUUGUCUAUGACAUAGAAGAAGUCAUGAAGGAAGUUCAUGCUCGGACAAGGCAUACAAUACAGACAUUCCCUUUCACAGACAAAGAAAGCUUAUGGCAAACAACACUGCAAAAAAUUGUAUCAACAUAUUUGGUCCAUCAUGGUUAUUGUGCUACUGCUGAGGCUUUUGCUAACAGUACUGGACAGUCAUUAACAGAAGAACUGGCUUCAAUCAAGAACAGGCAAAGAAUACAAAAGUUAGUUCUUGCUGGCAGAAUUGGGGAAGCUAUUGAAACAACACAAACAUUAUAUCCAGGACUCCUAGAAAGAAAUCCAAACUUACUUUUCCUUUUGAAAUGCCGGCAAUUUGUGGAAAUGGUCAGUGGAUGUGAAAGUGAUGUGCGGCCUGCAGCUCACAGCCCUCGCCCUAGUCCUAAUGUCAGCCCUUCACACUUGUAUAGUGCAGCAUCAGUUGGAAGUGUUGCAAGCAGCUCUUCUUCAGCCACCAAUGGCUUUGUUCCAAAUGGUACUUGUAUUGACAAUGGAUUUGAAGCUGAUAAUAUGCAAAUGGAAGUUGAAGACUUUGAAGAGUCAUCAAGUAAUGGUGUAGUGAAUGGAACAGAAAAAAUGGAUGAGGGUGAACACAGUCCUAGCAGAGCAGAAUCUUCAGGCAGACAAAAUUUUUGUCAAAAUAGAAAUGUACUUGAAAAGAUUUUAGCUUUUGGAAGAGAUUUACAAACUAUGAGUGUACAAUUGAGGAGAGAACAUGGAAAAAAUGAGACAAAUAAGAAGACUCUUCAGGAAGCAUUUAGUCUUUUGGCUUACACAGAUCCCUGGAGCAGUCCUGUGGGGUAUAUUUUAGAUCCUGUACAGAGGGAAUCAAUUUGUUCAUCUUUAAAUAGUGCUAUCUUAGAUUCACAUCACUUGCCCACAAAACCACCCUUGGAUUUAAUACUAGGACAGGCUCAAGAAUGUUUAAAACUAAUGUCAAAGAUUGGACUAGGAGCUUGUGCAUUUGCCAGUGUUGAAGAGUACAUGUAACAUGCAAAUGUUUUGUUUAUCUGCAGAUGAAAAACAAUAAUUUUACAAAAGCUUAAAUAAUUCAGCAUGCACUGCAUACACAAGUUUUCUAAAAAAUGGUGGUUAGUAAAUCACUUAAAAGCAGCAUUUUCCCUGAAUCUCAGAUGCUUAGAUAACAACUAAAAUAUUACUCUGCAUGGUAUCUAGUAAAGAUAUGUGUAUUGUGUAAAAUAGAUGGUACAAUUUUAUCAGAAAGAAUCAUAGCAGGCAACCAAGAUAGUUUUAAUUUCCAAGAUUGUUGACAGGAAUUCUUAGAAUUGCUUUGAGAUUGUCAAGUGCACCACCAGUUCAACCAAUCAGAGUCAAAGUUAGAGCAAAAUGUGACUUAAGUCUUCUCCUUUUGACAUUUUCCUCUGCCUUCCCUCACAGAAAAUGGUAUAUUAAACUGCUAGUAAGACUGUUAUUGUAUUAUACAUCCACUUCCUUAUUUUUUGGGUUAUUUUAGGGGUAAAAGAACCUCAAACAAUUUGUUUGAAUUUGUAAUUUGCCAUAGGGACUAUUUUAUUUUUUGAAAUAUUGUAAAUUCUGUAAGAGCCGGAGAGCUACACCAUCUUGUAUAGUGGUCUUUUUUUUUCUGUUUAGUUUUGCAUGGCACAUCUUGCAAAUUUUAAUUAUUUUUGUAAAGCUUAUCAUGAAAAUUCUUUGGGGUUAAAGUGUAGAACAGCAAGAGGGUAUUACAAGCUUGAUGCAUAAAAAGCAAAAAGGUUCUACAUAAAGAAAACCUCUAAAAUCUGCUUGCUGAGUUUUCAAAUUCCUUCCAAAUAAUUGAACUAGCAUUCAACUUUCUGUUAGUUUGCAUUACACAAGUGUAAAGUUACAUCUCAUUCACUAGUUCUGUAUUCACAAGAAAAACUGAUUUUGUCAUUCUUUCGGAGUAAAGGCUCUCUUCUCUUACUGUGGUACAGACACUCAAAAUGCUUGCCUAACUUAAGCAGCUAGACUUGGUUCUUUUACUGGCUGUAAAACCUGUAGUGCAGACAGAUUAGUCACUCAAACCUUCAAUGCUUCUCUUAUGCAGGCUAAAUCCAGAUUAUACUUGUACAUUGCAAAUAAACCAGAUAUAAAUUAUUCUCAAUUAUUAAAUAUUUCCUUUUUGCCUUCCUGUUGGUGUUUUUUCACAGGCAAGUUUAUACCUAUGAUCAAAAAAUUAAUUUCAAGCUCUAUACUGUAUAUCACAUUAGGUUAGUGUAGGGGUUAGGUUCUGUUUAUAUAAUUAUGUAAAUAAACCAUUUAGAUUUUA